CCCAUCAAACCCUCCCCCUGCGCUGUGGGUGUGGUGGGAGGGGAGGACUUCGGUACAAAAACAGGGCAGCGGUGAGAGCUGACCCACCCACCAGCCAGGGCCAGGAAGGUAGUAGCUCCUGACUCUCAGCCUGCCGCUUUCCAGCUCCUCGUAUCCAGAUCCUUAAUCUGCUCACAGUCAUGGGUCAGCUUUUCUCUGCUACGUCUCAUGAUGAACAACACCAGGAUUUGGCCUCCAGCUUUAGUGCAUAUUUUAAGAAUGUCAGCGUGGGAAGCAACAUCAUCUCUCAGGAAACCAUAGAAUUGAUCGAGUUACACUUGAAAAAAGGAAACAUUCAGGCGGCAAACUCUGUAAUAAGUGCUGUGUUAAAAGAAAUUGAUAAUGCCCCACUCAGCAUUGCUGUGACAGGGGAGACUGGAGCAGGAAAGUCCAGUUUCAUCAAUGCCCUGAGAGGACUUGGACCUGAAGACGAAGGUGCGGCUCCCACUGGAGCGGUGGAGACCACCAUGGAGAGGAUUCCAUACACACACCCAAAGUUUCCCUGUGUGACACUAUGGGACCUGCCUGGCAUUGGAACCAGGAAUUUCAAGCCAAAAGAUUUUUUGCACAAUGUAAAAUUUGGCGAAUAUGACUUCUUUAUUAUUGUUUCUGCUACACGCUUCACAAAAACUGACAUAGACCUGGCCAAAAUGAUCAAAACCAUGAAGAAGAAUUUUUACUUUGUGAGAUCCAAGGUGGAUAUUGAUUUAAGAAAUGAACAGGAGAGUAAACCAAAAUCCUUUACGGAAGAGGGAGUCCUGCAGCAGAUCAGAAACAACUGUCGUUAUAUUUUCAAGGAGAAUAAGAUUGAUGAAGCACCAGUCUUCUUAAUCUCCAACAGAGAUUUAUCAGCAUAUGAUUUCCCAAUCCUGAUUGACACCCUAUUAAAGGAUCUCCCUGCUGAAAAGCACCACAUUUUUCUGCUUUCCCUGCCCAAUAUUACUGAUGCAGCCAUUGAAAGUAAGAGGGAUUCUUUGAAGCAGUGUAUUUGGCUAGAAGCCUUGAAGGCUGGAGCAUGGGCUACGUUGCCUAUGGUGGGCAUCAUCAGUGACAGAGAUGUGGAGAAGCUCAAGGGGAUCUUAAAUGACUAUCGAGUCCACUUUGGAGUGGACGAUAAAUCCUUGCAACAUUUAGCUAAUGAUUUGAAGGUACCUGUGGAGCAACUUAAGGCAAGCCUUAAAUCUCCAGGUUUAUUGGAAAAUAAGGAAAAAUCAAUAAGUGAAAUACUUUUGGGAUAUUUAGAGAAGUUCUGUUCAGCUAAUGGAGGUCUCCUUGCUACAGGUCUUUACUUUAGGAAAAACUACUACUUGCAAUUUCAUUUCCUUGACACAGUGACCCAUGAUGCCAAAGUUCUCCUUAAAGAGACAUAUUCAAAAAAAAGUUUGAUUUCCCAGUAGAAUAAAUCCAAUGGAUGUUGAAAUCCAAAAUUCAUCAGGGAAAAAUAUCACAGCAGAUGUCCCUGAACAAUAUAAUGAGUUUCUCUAGCCAUCAGUUCAUACUUACAGACUGCAUAUCCCUGUAGCUGGACCUGAGGCAUGGACUAUAUUUGUAUAGGUUCUCAUAAGCAAAGAGCUAAAUACCCCUCACUCACACUCCCAGUAAAUCACUACAUCAGAUGAUUUUGGUUUUGUCAUAAAUUUGUUUAAUAUAGUUGCCACCUUGGUAUCUGUUUUUAAGCCCGAUAUAAAUUGUUUAAAAUCCUGCCCUCUUACCUGCACCCUAGUUAAAAUUCCCAUAUAGAUACAACCUCUGGUUGUAUAACUUGCUUUUCCCUCAUCUCACUGACCCAAGUCCAAUACAACCCAUAGCUGUUGUCCACAAUGCCCACUAGGGUGUGGGGG